GGGCUGGCCUUCCUCACUCGGCCCCUUCUACAGACUGUGCCCUACAACAAGCCCAUCCCGGGAGGCCUCUGUCCAGGAAUGUCCAUUUACAUCCAAGGAGUGGCUAGCGAGCACAUGAGGAGAUUCUUCGUGAACUUCCUGGUGGGGCAGGACCCAGGGGCAGACAUCGCCUUCCACUUCAAUCCUCGUUUUGAUGGCUUGGACAAGGUGGUCUUCAACACACAGCAGGGCGGCAAGUGGGGCAGCGAAGAGAGGAAAAGGAGCAUGCCCUUCAAGAAGGGCACCGCCUUUGAGCUGGUGUUCAUGGUCUUGCCGGAGCACUACAAGGUGGUGGUGAAUGGAACUCCCUUCUACGAGUUUGGGCACCGAAUCCCCUUACAGUUGGUCACCCAUCUGCAAGUGGAUGGGGACCUGGAGCUUCAAUCCAUUAACUUCAUUGGAGGCCAGCCUGCCCCAAGCCAGAAACCCACCGCUAACCCUGCAUACCCAACUAUGGAGGGACCCCCAACUUUCAACCCGCCUGUGCCAUUUUCUGGGAAACUACAAGGGGGGCUUAUAGCCCGAAGAACCAUCAUAAUCAAGGGCUUCGUACCCCCAUCAGCCAAGAGCUUUGUCAUUAACUUCAAGGUGGGAGCCUCAGGGGACGUGGCCAUGCACAUUAACCCCCGCCUGAACGAGGGGAUAGUGGUUCGGAACAGCCAUCUGAAUGGAUCAUGGGGACCUGAGGAGAGGAUGAUUUCCUACAACCCAUUUGCUCAUGGACAGUUCUUUGAACUGUCCAUUCGCUGUGGCAUGGAUCGCUUCAAGGUCUAUGGCAAUGAUCAGCACAUCUUCGACUUCCCCCAUCGUUUCAUGGCCUUCCAGAGGGUGGACGUGUUGGAGAUCACGGGUGAUGUCACCUUGUCCUAUGUCCAGAUCUGAUCUUUCCCCGGUGCUACAGCCCUUGGAAACACAGAGGGAAGGAUUUCCUAGGACUCCCUUCUAAGCCCCUAAUAAAACG